CUGCUAAAGGGUAGCAGCUGCUGCUGGGUGUGUGCGCGAGCCAAACGGCAUUUUGACCUCAAAAACCCUGUUGCACAUCUGGGCGGACGCACAUGCGCAGCAAAAAACUUUUCAAACAACUUUUCUGCGCUUUUCUUGUCAUCACUCGCAAAAGCCGACACUGGUCAGUUUGUUUUAGGGGUGGCGUAAAACAGAUAAGUGAAGAAAUCAUAUGUAGUGACGUUGCAUAUCCUCUGUUUUACAGGAAGAUGUUGAACUUUUCUGCAACGCUAUAAACUGGAUCAUGUUGCGCCAGACCGGGGGACGCAGCGCCGUCGUUUUGAACUUGACUUUGUUGUUAUCCAACUUCAUAUAAGAAAACGCCAUUCAUUCGGGUUUUAGGCCCACUUUUUAUUAUUUUAUACCGCGAAUGCAAAACUCGUCGUCAUGACAAAGAAAACUCUCUGGACCGUGGCGACCACGUUGAUGAUUUUCUGCUGUUUAUAUUUUUCAUCUAUUAAAGCAGACUCCUCUUCUUGUCACGGAGCAUACGACCUUUACUUUGUUUUGGACCGAUCUGGAAGUGUUUCGACCGACUGGACACAGAUUUACGAAUUCGUCAAAAAUCUUACAGAGAAAUUUGUGAGUCCAAAUAUGCGAGUGUCCUUCAUAGUGUUUUCAUCAAAUGCUGAGAUUGUGUUAGAGCUCACUGGAGACAGGGCAAAAAUAAAUAAAGGACUGAUGGCUUUAAAAGCAGUCAAUCCAGCCGGAGAAACCUACAUGCAUGAAGGAAUGAAAAAGGCAACUGAACAAAUGAAAGCACAGCAUAAAAAGUCCUCUAGCAUCAUUGUGGCUUUGACUGAUGGAAUACUUACACCAUAUAUCCUUGAACUCACUGCUGAAGCGGCUGAUGUAGCAAGGAAACAUGGGGCCCGUGUAUACUGUGUCGGUGUAAAGGACUUCGAUGAAAAACAGCUCGCCGAAGUGGCUGAUACCAGGGAGCAAGUGUUCCCAGUCAAAGGAGGCUUUCAAGCUCUCAAAAGCAUUGUGAACUCGAUCCUCAAGCAAUCAUGCACAGAGAUUCUAACAGUGGAGCCGUCCAGCGUCUGCGUGAACGAGACCUUUGACAUUGUUUUGAGAGGGAACGGGUUCGCAGUGGGGAGGCAAACAGAAGCAGUGCUCUGCAGUUUCAUAGUAGAUGGAGUUACUCAACAGGUGAAGCCAACCAAAGUGAAGAAUGACUAUGUCCUGUGUCCUGCUCCAGUUCUGUAUUCAGUGGGACAACAAAUGGAGGUUCUGAUCAGUUUGAACAGUGGCACAUCGUAUAUCUCCAGUGCUUACGUCAUCACUGCCUCCACAUGUUCAGACGGCAUAGUGGUGUUCAUUGUGUUCUUGGUGCUCUUUCUCCUGUUGGCUUUGGCUCUGAUGUGGUGGUUCUGGCCUCUCUGCUGCACUAUUGUUAUUAAAGACCCACCCCCUCAAAGACCUACUCCACCUCCGCCUAUGCCAGAGCCAGAACCAUUACCCAAGAAAAAGUGGCCAACCGUGGAUGCAUCUUAUUAUGGAGGAAGAGGAGCUGGUGGAAUCAAACGCAUGGAGGUCCGUUGGGGAGAGAAAGGAUCCACAGAGGAGGGUGCACGCCUCGAGAAGGCCAAGAAUGCAGUGGUGCAAAUACAAGAGGAGACAGAGGAACCCAUGAUCAAAAAGCGUCCCACACCCCAUCCCACAUCCCAUGGAUCUGAAUCCAAGUGGUAUACUCCGAUCAGGGGGCGGCUUGAGGCACUGUGGGCUCUUCUGCGGCGACAAUAUGAUAGAGUUUCACUCAUGCGCCCAACUACCACAGAAAAGGGACGCUGUAUGAACUUCAGUCGGGUGCAGCAUCAAUAGAUGACAGCAUCCCGUCUCUGAAAUACUUUGACUUCCAAGUUUAUCAGAUGGAACAACGGGAAAAAAACAGAAUUUACUCGAGAUGACAUAGCUUAUCAUUGGCCACUUCAGAGUAUCUUGUUCAGGCUUUCCAAAACUUAUAAUUCUGCUAUCUCUCAAGCUACUCAAUGGCAAGCGGAUGACUAGAUAGAUCAACAACAAAAAAAAGUGUCUGAUUUUGCAGCUGAUCUGGUUAGCUUUAAUGCAAAGCACAGGCUUUUUCAUGUUCUGACCAUAUUGUGUCUUCUGUGAAAAAAAGAAUCUUAUGGACACAGACGGAGGCUAUUUCAAAAAAAAAAAAAAACGAAUGAGAUGAGGCUCUUUGCCGUUGGCUGAGAAGUAGAACUAAUCCCAGUAGGCUCAUGGAGUGCAGUAGUACUUUGCCUCUUGGCAGUGUCUCUUCACAAAAAUCUCUCCAAGCCCACUAUUGUCGGAUGCCUAGCGGGGCUUCUUUGACUGGAGAUCUUGUCAUUUUAAGUGCACACGCAUGACAAAUUGUAGACAGAACGCCCUAAGGUAUUGGACGCAGUAAGACUUUGCCCUUUAGUUUGUGAAGACACCUUUCUAUCAAUGCGAGGACAGCGCAGAGAAAUUAAUAGAGCGUUAUUGCACCGCAAGACACCCUGUGACCAAAGCUUUCCGGCAAGGAUUUGAGGGACAGAUUUACCUCCGGUGGUUGGUGCUUCCUCCCCAUUUAUUUGGCAGUCUGUUCUGUGCUCACUAAUGCAUAGACCUUUCACAAUUCAGAAACAUGCCCCUCAUUUAAAGUUUUAACACAUCAAUAAAGCUGUCCAGCCACAACCAGAUCUCGCUAAAUUUGUGCACAAGUUGGCAUUGGAAUAUCAAACUUUGAUCGAUCUUAAGGCAACUUUAGAGAUUCUUCUUUUGUAUGAGAUUUUCUGUAGAAAUUAAAGAGUUCCUCAGCUGUGCUAAUGUGACACCCUCAUUCGAUAUACUCGGAAGAUCAAACCGAAAGGGGCGACGGACGGAUGAGUAUUGUUCAUUUCCAGAAAUUAUCCACAUCACACUCCCCCCUCCACUUGCGCACAGAAAAGCGAGCAAUAUA